UGUCGUGGGGGGAGGGUGAGCCCAAGAGAGGGGGAGGGAGUGUAAAUAGAGCGAAGGCGGCGGCCCAUAGGCGCCGCCACUUCUAGGCAACCCGCGAAGCGUAUCAGAGGAAGAUGGAAGAUGAGCAAGAGCAGCGACGCAGAAAGGUGGAGGCCGGGAGAGCGAAGCUUGCUCACUUCCGACAGCGAAAAACAAAAGGUGACUGUGCGCAUUCGAAGAAAAAGACGGCGAAGAGGAAGGGCCCGGCUGUCGAUGCGCCUGUCCAGGAGGAGAGUGCGGUAGCUGCUGCGGACGGCGGGCUCGUGGGAGGACCGGACGUUUGCAGCGACACCCCUGAUGGCGGAGGAGCAGCUCAGCUGGGGGACGCCCCCGGAGAGAGGCCGGAGGACCCGGAGAGGCCGCCGCAGCAGCUGGACAGCACCCGACAGGAGCAGCCUGGGGUCGUCACUAAGCCCGUGCCGCCGCUGGAGCUGGAGGCGCUGCGCCUGAGCCUGAGCCACGCGCACGCGGCGCAGCUGGAGCGCACGCAGGCCGCCCUGCAGCGCGAGAAGGAGGCGGCGCUGAGCGAGCUGCGCGCCGCGCUGCUGGGCCGCCUGGCCCAGGAACGGGCGCUGCUGCAGAGCGGCGCGCAGCGGGAGCUGGAGCUGGUCCGGGAGCAGCACGGCCGCGAGACAGCUGAGCUGAAGGAGAAGCUACGAUCAGAAAUGGAGAAAAAUGUCCAGAUGAUAGAGGCCCUGAAGCAAGACUGGGAAUCCGAGAGAGAUUUAUGCUUAGAAAACCUGCGGCGAGAACUAUUGGAAAAGCAUCAGUUAGAACUGGAGAAUUUACAGAACCAGUUUCAGAAAGAACUGGCAGAACAGAGAGCAGAAUUGGAGAAGAUCUUUCAAGCCCCAAGUCAGGCUGAAUGUUCCCCUCAGACCCCGGAGGCGCAGCAUGAAGCCGCCCCGAGGCCGCCACACGCAGACCUGCCGCCCGAGCGCUGCCCGUGCUUGGGAGACGUGGAGCUGAAGUUCAAGGAAAAGGAGAAGGAGAACCAGCUCGAGUUGGAGAACCUCCGCGCGUCGUACGAGGAGCUGCAGGCCCGGUCGCAGGAGGAGAUCCGGCGCCUGGGCGCCCAGCUGGAGUCGGCGAGGUCCAGCAGGCAGGAGCUGAGCGAGCUACACGAGCAGCUCCUGGCUCGGGCGUCUCACCUGGAGGAGCUGGAACACCUCAAGCGGGACUUCGAGCUGCAGCAGCAGCAGGAGAGAACCAAGCACGAGUCGGAGCUGGAAGGAUUGAGAGUCUACUUUGAGGAGAAGCUGAGGGAAGCUGAGAGAGGCCACCAGGAAGACCUGGCCCUGUUAGAGCAGCGGCUGCAGGAGGGGAAGGAGGGCUUUCGGCUGCAGCCUGUGGAAACCAGCGCCUCUUUAGACGGGACGCCUGAGCCAGAGAGAGGAGACCGUCCGGAUGGAUGGCGCCCCGGCCUGGAGCGGCAGGAGGAUGUGAGACUCUCGCUCCCUUUAGAAGAAAACCAUCGGUGCCAGCUUGCGGUGUGGCAGUCCUCCCAGGAGGUGCAGCUGGAGGCGGGCCUCGUGGGGACCCAGGUGUUGGAAGGGGAGCGGCACGCGGGGCUCUCGGGAGAGCCCGGCUCAGAGCUCGCCCAGGCGACCCUCCUGUGCGCACAGAGCGCGGCCUCGGACGUGGGAACGGAGGUGGCGGAUGGCGUCUCAGGUCUGGAAACUGAAUGCAAGGCUCAACCCCUGCUUGUUUCGACUGAGUUCAAGGAAGAAAUCGACAUCUUAAAAGCAGAGAAUAGAAAUUUACGCGAGAAGCUGCAGGACGAAAUCCGCCUGCGAGAGGACUUGGAGAAGGUGAAGCGGGACUUGCUCGAAGGUCACCAGGAGGAGCUGAGGCGCAGCGAGCAAAAGAUCGAGCUCCUGAAACGAGACCUCGGGGACAGAGAGGCCGCGUGGCAGGUGACCUGCGAGGAGCUGGGGAGAGCGGCGGAGGAGCGGUUGUCUCGGAGGCUCCUUGAGCUGCGGGAACAGGCCGAGUCCGAGAAGCGGUCCUUGACCAACAGGUUUGAGCUUCGAGAAGCCGAAAUGAGGCAACUCCAGGACCGGCAGGCGGCCCAGAUCCUGGACCUGGAGGGCUCGCUGGUGGAGCAGCAGGGCCGCCUGCGGCAGUUGGAGCUCGGGCUCGCGGGGGACGAGUCUCUGCGGUGCAGCCGGUGCGGCCGGGAGCUGGGCAGCCCGGGCCCCGCGGACCAGGACGGGGAGCUCGCCACGCUCCACCUGCAGGAGCCCAGUGCCCUCCAGCCGAAGCCAGCCCAGAGCAGGCUUUUAGGAGAACGCCGAGCAGUCACAGCGAGAUUGGCUGCCGAGCAAGAUGCCGUCCUGCGGGAGGCCCGGGAGACGCAGGCCCGCCAGCUCCAGCUGCUGCAGGAGCAGCACCAGCAGCAGGUCCUGUCCGUGACGGCGGAGCUGGAGGCCAGGCACCAGGCCCAGAUGCAGGAGCUGAAGGCGUCCCUCGAGCGCGAGCAGUGGGCUCUCUCCGAGGCCCGGGCGGCUGAGCUGCAGGCGGAGCACGCGGCUGCCGUCGGUGCUCUGGAGACCAGCCACGCGUCUCACCUGGACUCUCUGGCGGCCCGUCACCUGUCUGAGGUGCAGGCCUUGCAGGGCAGGCACAGGCGGGCCCUGCAGCUUCUGCGUGCGGAGCUGGAGGAGCAGCUGCGGGAGGACGCGUCUCCCCGCGAGGUCCUGACGCGGGUAUUCAAGAAGCUGAAGCUGGAGCGGGACGAAGAGCCUCCGUGCGCAGGGGAUGGUCCCGAGCUGCCUGGGGCUUGCCAGGGUGAACUUGAAAGUGAAGAGAAAGCUGCUUUUCAUGAAAAAGAAGUGAUACACAAACUUGAGCAUGAACAGGCACAGUCUCUGUACCAAAAAGAGAAAGAGUCUUUGUCUCUGCAGCUUCAGGAGAAGAAUAACCAAAUUCUGCAGCUGAAAGACCAGAUUUUAUCCUUACGUCACGAGGUGGAAGCGCGCCACUCUGAGCUGGAGCGGCUCCAGCAGAGGCGGGAGCGGGAGAACCAGGAGGGCGCGCACCUCGUCGCCAUGCUCAGGGCCGACGUCAGCCUGUCUCUCGGCGAGAGGCGCGCGCUCCAGGACGCCCUGCGGAGGCUGCUGGGUUUGUUUGGGGAGACGCUCAAGGCUGCCGUUGCCCUGAAGAGCCGGAUAAGCGAGCAUGUGGGGCUCUGCCUGGAGGACGAGAGCCCCCCGGACGGGCAGCCCGGGGCCCCGACCCCACCUGCAGCCCCGGCGCUCGACGAGACGUGGCCUUGGCCUGACGCAGCCCCACCGGAGCUGGACGGGACUUCACCCGAUGGCGCCGAGGCGUCGUCAGUGGCUGAGAUCAGCAGUCACAUCUGUGAGAGCUUCUUCAUGAGCCCAGAAAGCACGCUGGAGUGCGAGCAGCCCGUCCGGAGGGUCUUCCAGAGCCUGGGCCUGGCGGUGGACAGCCUGCUGGAGAUGGUUCUGGACUCGAGCAGGCAGCUGGAGGAAGCACGUCAGAUUCAUUCGCGUUUUGAGGAGGAAUUCAGCUGCAAGAAGGAAGAGAUGGCGCAGGUGGUGGGAAAACAGCAGGAGCUGCUGGAGCGUCUGGACGCAGAGCACGAGGCCAAGGCCCGGCUGGAGCUGCAGCUGCACAAGGCGGAGGGCAUCAUCGAGGGGUUCAAGGAGGAGAAGGCCAGCCUGCAGGAGGCGCUGGGCCAGAAGGAGGCCAGCGAGCAGGGCCUGGUGGUGGAGCUGGAGGGCCUGAGGCAGCAGCUGCAGCGGGCGGCCCGGCAGCAGGCGGAGCUGCAGGAGGCCAACUCCGCACUGUGGAGCCAGAAGGAGGCCCUGGCCGCGGCCGCGGGCGAGCGAGAGGCUGGUAACCCUGUUUCUAGAGCACACAAGGGUUCAGCUCUUCGGAGGGACGUGGAGUCUCUGACGCAGGAGCAGGCGGAGGCCAGGAAGCAGGCUGAGAAGGACCGCUCGGUGCUGCUCUCCCAGAUGCGCGCGCUCGAGGCCGACCUGGAGGAGCAGCUGUCGCGGCAGCAGGCGUGCGCCCAGCAGGCGGCCGAGCUCUGCGCUCUCAGGCAGCAGCUGGAGGCCCUGGACCAGCACCUGCGCCGCCAGCGGCAGUUCAUGGACGAGCAGGCGGUGGAGCGGGAGCACGAGCGCGAGGACUUCCAGCAGGAGAUUCAGAGGCUGGAGGAGCAGCUCCGCCAGGCGGCCAGGCCGUGGCCCCGGGGCCCCCAUGACCGCGACCGGGCGCAGCUGGACGAGGAGGUUGAGUUGUUAGAAGAAAAAUUGAGAGAAAAAUCAGAUGGGCUUAAUGAACUGAUUGUAAAGAAAGAACUGGCAGAUAGACAAGUGUUGACCCAAGAAGAGGAGAUUAAGCGUCUGGAGGAGGCAAACGCCAGCAGCAGGCGAGAACUUGCGCAGCUCCAGGGAGAACUGGAGAGGCUGCGAAAGACCCUGAGGGACCUGGAACAGGAUAAGGAGGUGUCACAGGGGCAGCAGAGGAGUAACUUGCUCUUGGUGUCUACACCGCAGUCUAAGCUCGACGAGGGCAAAUGCCCAGUGCCUCCUGUGGGCGGCUCUUCCGAGGGCCCCGAAGUCCAGCUGGAGGCAGUGCAGAGGGUGCUCCUGCAGCGUGAGGAUGAGGUUUUGGACUUAAAGCAACAAUUAGAAAAAGUUAAAGAUGACUUAGUAAGUAAAAACGAAGAAGUCCUGCACCUGAACUCGAAGUUGGACCUGCAGCACAGCAGUAUUGCUGCCAGCAUCAGAGAGCUGCAGGAAGAGAAUGCCAGUCUGAAGGCCGCGCACACCAGAAGUCCUGAAAUCGAGGAGCUCAGGUCCGUCAUUGAGACUCUGCGGCAGAACCAGGAGCGCUUGCAGAGGGAAAGGGCCGAAGAGACCGAACAGUUGCACGAGGUCAUUGAGAAGCUGCAGCGGGAGCUGUCCCUCGCGGAGCCCGCGAGGCACGAGGUCAGCGACGGCGGCGCCGGGAACCUGCGGAGCGAGCUGCUGGGUCUCGGGGCGGAGGGCGCCGAGGCCCGCGCGGCGCUGGAGGGCGAGCUGCACGCCGCCCUCGAGGCCAAGGAGGCCCUGAGCCGGCAGCUGGCCGAGCAGGAGCGUGAGCACGGCCGGGCCCUGGCGGCCCUGCAGCAGCGCCUGCGGGCCGCGGAGGAGGCGGCCGCCCGGCAGCUGCGCGAGCUGCAGCCCAGCGCCGCGCUCCGGGAGGCCGAGGUGCAGGGCCUGGCCUCCCAGAUCCGAGCCUUCGAAGCUGCCCUGGCCGCUAAGGGAGAGCAGCUGGCGGCGAGGGAGGCGGAGGUCGCCGCCCUGACCGUGCAGAGGUCGGCCCACGCCUCCGAGCUGGAGGCCCUGCUGUCGGCCGUCGCCCGCUUCCGCCGCGCUCUGGAACGGCAGCCGCUGGCGCCCGCCGCCGAGCCCCCCGAGCUGCAGCGGCUCCGCGCGCAGUGUGUCCGCCUUGGCCGCCAGCUGCAGGCGCUGACGCAACGCUUCCCGAGGUGCCAGAAGGAGCUGGACGAGCAGCCGGCGCAGGGGGCCGGCCUGCCCCCUUGCGGGGCGGGCAGCUCGCAGGGGCAGGGGCCCCGGGCCGAGGAGGCCUCCUGUGCUGAAGAGCCGGGGCAGGACGUGGGCAGCAGACAGCUGGCCAAGGCCCCCCAUGGCCAGGCCAGCGGCCCUCAGAGCCCAGGGGAGGCUGCCAAAGCGCAGGCAGUGCUGAACCGCGCAGGCCCCCGCAGGCAGGACAGCGUGCUGUCGGCGCUCACCGCCUGCCAGCGGCAGCUGGAGUCUGAGCUGCUCCUGGUGAGAAAGGACACGCGCUGGUGUGCGGAGGACGGCGAACAAGUGUCGGAAACAGUGAAGGAUAAGGAGAAACUGCUAGAAGACUGUCACCUGCGGAAAGCUGAUCUCGUAACUCAGGUGAAACAACUUCAAGAAAAACUGAAUCGUCUGGUAUGUUCUAUGAGCUUCCAGAAAGUGGAGAUGGAGGACUUUAAAUUUCAACAGGCGCUGGCAUCUUUGCAUGUUUUAGAAAAUAGUUUGAGUGGUAGUUCCAGUGACGGUGAGGAGACCCACGGGUCCCCUCCCGUCAGUGUGUGCAGUGACGAUGACACCACGUGGGAUCUCACUGAUGUGACUGGAAAUCAGGAUGCGUUGAUAAAAAACAAGACGCCAGAUGACCCCAUGGCAGAGCCGGUCGCCUCGCAGGAUGGGUCAGGCAGCUUACGGGAGAGUUGGCAUGGGUGCUCCCAUGACCUUGCCAACACCGAGGGACCCGAGCCCGUGAAGAACAUGCUCAGGACGAUGGACCUGUCCUCCUGGAGCUCCCCGGAGGUUGCCAGGAAGGACUCAACCCUUGAGCCCCUGCCCAGCCUGCCCCUGACACCCUGCUCGGAUGCCCUGAGCCAGCGCAGCCUGGAUACCUCCCUCUGGGACGGGCCAAGCACCUGGCUGCUCCAGGCUGACCAGUCAGGCCUGCUUUGUUACCCGGACGAGUCAGCAGCAGGAAUGGCCCCUAGGCGGGCGGCGUCUCCGCUGGCUGCAGACAGGGCUCCCUCCGCUGACCGCCCUGCUCAAAGGGUGGCUGUGGAAAAAGACGUUGAAGAUUUUAUUAUAACGUCUCUGGAGUCUCAACCUGAGGCCAGAUCAUCUCCUCCAGGGCCAGCCGGAAAGAAUGAAGGUGAUGGCUCGGGCUUCGGAGAGACGCUAGACCCGGGUUCGGGAAGCCUGGGCGCUCCCACUGCCGGGCCCGCCGCGCCUUCCGCCCCUGGGGGCUGCCGGCAGCCGCCGGGCACCAUGAAGGAGAAGGGUGUCCAUCCGAAGCGAGUGAAGGCUUUGCUGCAGAUGGUGUGCGACGAGAGCCACCACAUCCUGGCCCUGUCCGAAUGCCAUGGGCCCUCCAGCAUCCUGAGCAGGGGCGAGCCAAGGGGCCCGCUGGAGGCAGCAUCCACCCCAGUGCCCCGGAAGGGAGAGAAGGAGCCCUCAGACGUGGCCCUCGACUGGCGGCGGGAGUUUCUGCAGGUUGUCCAGGAGGCCUUUGAAAAAGAGCGGGAGGUGCUGAAAGCCCGACUCUGUGGCUCGGACCCCGGGGGCUACAGCUCCGUGCUGGAGAGGGUGGUCCAGGAGCAGGGGGACUUGCAGGAGAGGUCCUUGGAGCACCUUCGCCUGUCGGACAGGAGCAGCCUGCUCUCCGAGAUCCAGGCUCUGCGCGCCCAGCUGCGGCUGACGCACCUGCAGAACCAGGAGAAGCUGCAGCAGCUGUGCGCGGCGCUGACCAGCGUGGAGGCCCGCGGGAGCCGGCAGGAGCACCAGCUGCGCCGGCAGGUCGAGUUGUUGGCGUAUAAGGUUGAGCAGGAAAAGCGCAUUGCUAGUGACCUGCAGCGGACCCUGAGCGAGGAGCAGGAGAAGGCCAGCGCCGUGCAGAAGCUGCUGGCGGUGGAGCGGGGCUCGGUCAGCGCGCUGAGGGCUGAGCUCUGCGAGUGCAGGGCGGACAACGAGCGGCUGCUCAGGUCCCUCAACGACGUGCAGAAGGAGGUCCUCCAGCUGAGGUCCGUGCUGGACAGUAAGGAGGAGGCCCUGCAGGCCGCACUGCAGCAGCUGGAGAGCCAGCGCGGGAAGGAGCGGGCCCUGCAGGGCCGGCUGGAGGAGGAGCGGCUGCAGCACCUGCAGAGGGAGGGCCAGAGCGCCAAGACCGUGGAGGAGUUGAGAGCGUCUUUGGAGAAGCAGCAGGCUCAGAGUAACCAGCUGUGUGUGGCCUUGAAGCACGAGCAGACGGCGAAGGACAACCUCCGGAAGGAGCUGCAGAUCGAGGCCUCGCGCUGCGAGGCGCUGCUGGCGCAGGAGCGCAGCCACCUCUCUGAGCUGCAGCGGAGCCUGGAGGCCGAGCAGGGCCGGUCGCGGGAGCUGGCCGAGGCCCUGCACCACGAGCGCCGCCUGACGGAGCGGCUGAGCCGGCGGACGCAGGAGAAGCAGGUGCACGAGGCUCUGCUGCAGAAGCUGAAGGGCCAGGAGGCCCGCGUGCUGGAGCUGGAGGCGGCGCUGCAGACGGCCCUGCAGCGGGCCCUGGAGGCCGAGGCGCGCCCGUGCCGCGAGGAGGUCAAGAGGGAGCAGGAGGUAAGUGCCGCGCCGAGGCCCCCCGUGGAGGCCCCGCAGACCCUGGCAAGAAGGCGGGAGAGGCCUGCGCGGGCCCAGGCAGAGGUAGAGCAGCCCCGCGCGGCACAGGCAGAGCAGGCCGCAUGCAAGGAUACAAGGCCGGGAGCAGAGCCGAGGCCCAGCCGAAUGGACGCUGACAAGUGGAGGAGGUGGCAGAGAGACAAGGAGAUGCUGCGGGAGUUGGCGCUGCAGCACCAGCGGGACGAGCACAAGAUCCGGCAGCUGCGGGCGCGGGAGCUGCGGGCGCGGGAGCUGCAGGCGCGGGAGGCGGCGCGUCCCUGCCCGGAGCCGGAGCCGGAGCCCGAGUCGCUCCGGGAGCAGCAGCAGGGCCUGGAGACGGCGCGGCAGCAGCUCCUCUGUGCCGCGGGGCUGCUGACCAGCUUCAUCAACCAGACGGUGGAUAGGACCCUCAGCGACUGGACGUCGUCCAACGAGAAGGCCGUAGCGUCUUUGCUGCACACGCUGGAGACACUCAAGUCUGACUUGGGCUCGUCCGGCUCCUGCCACAGGAAGACGGCAGCCGCGCUGCAGGCCCGGCUGGUGGACGUCCUGCUGAGCGACAACGAGUCCCUGCGCAGAGCGCUCAGCACGGUGACCCGGGAGAAGGCGGAGCUGUGCCGGGCCCUGUCCCAGCUGGAGAGGAGCCCCCGGGCCUCGAGGGCCCUGCAGGAGAGCUGCACGCGCCGGAUGGAGAAGUUGUACCUGCAUUAUUUGAGGGCAGAGAGCUUUAGAAAAGCCCUGAUUUAUCAAAAGAAGUAUCUUUUACUGUUGAUCGGUGGAUUCCAAGACUCUGAACAAGAAACACUCUCCAUGAUCGCCCACUUGGGCGUCUUUCCUUCCCAAGCGGAUAAGAAAGCGCCAGCGUCCCGGCCCUUGGCGAGGUUCCGCACGGCCGUCAGGGUGGUGGUCGCCGUCUUAAGGUUACGCUUUUUGGUCAAGAAGUGGCAGCAGGUGGACGGCAGAGGAGCCCUAGCGCCGGGCCGGGCGCCUCGACCAGCUGUUGCGGUGCCACGGCGGCAACGGUCUCCACCUGACGCCCUCGAAUCCCCACCAACCCGGGACGUGUCUUCCAGCCAUGCCAGGGACCCUGUGCGGAAAGCCUCACCGUGCCAGAGGGACAGAUCCAGUCCAGCCCCAAAUCCCAGAUCUGAAAGAUCCCUGAGUGCUUCUCAAGAUCCAGAACGUUCCUUGACGGAAUAUAUUCACCAUUUAGAGAUGAUCCAGCAAAGACUGGGAGCUGUGCCACCAGAUUCCACUUCAAAGAAGUCCUGCCAGAAGAUUAAACAGUGAAUAAAAUCCUUGUGGCUCUCACCCGUGACAGUUGUGUUUGAGGAAAAGACCCAAUUUCCGAGGGAAGCACGUGGUGCGGGCUGGCGCGCUGGGCGGCAUUGUCAUCAUACGUGUCCUCACGCUGACGCUGUGCUCAGAGCCAAGGGGGUGUUUUCCGUGUGGUUUUAGCACAUUGUAGCUUCGUACCUUGGCCGUGUGGGCGCCUGCCUGAUCCUGCCGGCCUUGGCCUGGGGGAGGCAGAGGAUGGCUUCCUGCCAUUUGUUUUCCUAAAGUGUACAGGUGGACGCUUUGUUUAAAAACCAAAACACACCAAAAACAAAACAAAACAAAACAAAACAAAAAAACACAAUAAAAUCAAAGCCCUGUGGUGUUUGUGA